GAUCGAUUAUGACGGAAAGCAAAUUUCCAAAUCUGUCAUUUUCUGAACACCUCCCUCUGAAAACAAGAUUAAGUAAACAAAAAAACCAAACUGCCCAUAAUUAUGAUUUAUUCAUAACGGGCUUUUAGACCAAGUGUGAUAGCAUCAAAUGCAAACGGAUUCAAUCUCACACUGAUUGACACCAAGAUCAGCUGCCACAUUGAGCUGUAAGACCAAAAUCGACGGUUAAUAAUUUCGUUGAAGGUUCAAACAUGGCACGCAACUUUUCCCCGGGAAGCGGCGAAGAACACUUCGCCACCUUUGCAGCGUCACUAGAGACGCGGUCAACUGGAGUAGUUAUUGUAGAAUCUGCGUUUUUUCUUCUCAUCACCUUUGCGAGCUUAUUCGGAAAUUUUCUCCUGUGUGUUGUUUUGUUCAAGAAUUUCUCUUUUCAGAGCUUAACAAACAUUCUCAUAUUGGCGCUGUCCUUGGCGGAUAUCUUAAUGGGAGCAGUAUGUAUGCCUCUUACGUGCGGCACGCUUAUUCAUGGCAAAUGGACUUAUGGUGACUUCUCAUGUCAGAUUCAAUGUUUCUUUAUCUAUUUUUUGGCCUUCGCGUCGCUUCAGACCAUCGUUGUAACAUCGCUUAACCGAUUUUAUCGGGUCGUGAAACCGACCAAGUACAGGCGCAUUUUCACAGUGAAAAAGACCAUUGGUACAUUGAUAGCUCUGUGGUUGUCAAGUGCGCUGAUUUUAACUGUUCCUUUGGCGACCGGAGCCUUAGGCGCAACUUUCAAUCCAGCAAAAGCCGCCUGCGUCAUUUUUAAGAAAGACGCCGCCAUGGAACACAAGAGCUAUCCAGCUAUUUUGAGAGGGUUGCUGUUGCUUCUUUUCGCCGUAAUUCCCUCGGUUGUUAUUUUUACUUGUUAUUUCAAAAUAUUCCGGGCAGUUGGGGAACAUUUUACUCGCGUCGCGCCCAUAUUAAAUUCACGAAACAGAAGGCUUAAAGCUCGAGUAAAUUUACGGGAAAUGCGAACGACGCUUACUCUCUUUGCAGUGGUUGUCAUGUUCGUCUUAAGCUGGCUUCCUGUGUUUGUCAUCGAGAUCAUUCAAGCAUUCGCAAUCGAUUGGUGGGAAAUUCCCCGUGAGGUUCAACUCUUAUGGACGUUUUUUGGCAGUUUCAGUAGUGCGGCAAACCCCCUGGUGUACGGCUUAGCGAAUUCUUCCUAUCGCAGGGAAUAUAAAAGGCUAUUAACAUUUAAAUGGAAAAGAAGGAGCGACGAUAAAAGGGACAUUGACGGCAGCAGAACACCUUCGGUUGUGAUGGCAACUGUAAAUAUCCCGUCCUGAAUUUGCAUUUUUUUUUUUUUCUCAGUGAAAAAACAUCUGGACGAACGUGACAAAUUUGUAAGUGCUAAUUUCCCCUUUGUAUGAAGAGAUUUCAGAAAAAUACAUUUUAAACAGGCCUUCAGUGUAAACAUUGAAAGUAACCUUAAGAAUCAUGAAUGUUCGCAUUCUUUUAUUUACACUACACUCUUCUAAGAACGCUCGUUAGUUGGGGAACAAAGAUGAUUAUAUCACUUUGUUCAUUUUCAGACGAAUUUCAAUGCUGAACCUGAAACGUACUUAAAACGAUGUAAUUUUCACCUAUUUCGUAACCAAGGUUGUAUUGUGCUAAAUCACUCUGAGACCCGUUCUCACUGUUCGCGAACGCGACAAUGUCAGGCGACAUGUUCUGUGUUUGACGAACAAAAAGUUAAUUGCCUUCUCACAUUGUAUUUGCAUUUUUAGUUUUAUGAUUAACAAGAGGAUAAUUAAAAAUCCUUGCCUAAAUUUCAUCCUUGUGAACGUUCUCAGCAUGUAGCGAAACAAAUUUGUCUUUCUUAGGCUAAAUUUCUCUUGAAAAACGGUUCUUAUUUAAAAAUAAAGGUUGGUUUACAUAACAGCAAUUGGGAGCAUUUCACCUUUCGGUUGCUAGGAAAACCGACUUACAUUUGUCGAAAGCCAGGGCGGGUUGUUCAAAGUCCGAUUAAGCUAACCCAGGAUUUUAGC